CGGCUGACCGGCACAGGGGAACCUUGACCACCACCAACCCCCGCAGCCGCUCCCCGGCGCAGUGCAGCGCACCUCCCACGUUCCAGCCGGAUAAACAAUCAGCCCAAUCAAUCACCGGCGGCUCCGCUCAACGAUCCCUAGAUUACUUCGCCUUCGCCACCAGAAGCCAGGAACCUCGAAGCGGACAGCGAGAGGAGCCCCGCCGGUCGAUCCAGAGGAGAUGGGCUCCUGCGAGAUGACGGCCACGGAGGUAGCGGCGCUGCUGGAUCUGAAGCCGCACCCGGAGGGCGGCUUCUACGCCGAGACCUUCCGCGACUCCUCCGUCUCCCUCAGCACCGCCCAGCUCCCGCCGCAGUACAAGGUCGGUCGUGCUGUGAGCACUGCUAUCUAUUUCUUGCUUCCUUCAGGGAGUGUUUCACAUCUGCAUCGUAUUCCUUGCGCUGAAACCUGGCAUUUCUACAAGGGAGAGCCUCUCACGGUAUUUGAGCUACACGACGAUGGCCACAUUGACCUCACCGUAAUUGGUCCGCACCUAGAUGCUGGGCAGCGCCCCCAGUACACCGUGCCACCAAAUGUGUGGUUUGGAUCUUUCCCUACGUUGGAUGUUGAGUCGUUUGCAUCCGAUGGCAGCCAUCUUGUGAACUCUCGGAAGCGAGACCCCGAGAAGCACUACUCCCUUGCUGGCUGCACCUGUGCCCCUGGCUUUGAGUAUGAAGAUUUUGAAAUGGCCUCUUUUGAUGAUGUGAAAUCUAUUGCCCCGAAGGCAGAACCCUUCCUCAAUUACCUUAUUCCUUCCAAGAAGUAAGAACGAUCAGAGAUGUUCAUAUUGCUUGCAGGCAGUCUAUUAUGGCAUUAUCGGGCCUUCCUGUAUUGGCUUUGGAUGCCAUUUUCUGUGAUUGCACGAGGUCUGUAUUUUAGUCUUGUCACUCUGAAAGAGCACUCUUGUGCUGGUGCUGGUGCCUGGUUGUAACAUUUUAUGUACCACAAUUAGUGGAAUAAAGUUUGAGCUUGCUUGUGUAGUUAUCCUUUGUCAAACACUCACUCGUUUCGUCGUCCAAAAAGUUUGUUUCAUUCA